AUGGCUCAGGCUCUGCGCGCAUCUCGUCAGAGCGCCGACGACGUGGCGGCUGGCUUCUCUGCAUUCCGAGAUCCUCUCCCAGAACACGUGGGCGAAAUCACAUCGCUCAUGUCCGAGUUAUACGCAAUCAGCUCAUCCAUGUCCACCCUGGAACGUCUAGCUGAAGAUCCCCGAAAUCGCCGUUAUUUCGAUAUGAUCAAAUCCGACUUGAAUGUCGUGCAAGCCAGUUUCACAUAUACAAUCGAGGAUAUCGGCGAUAUUUUCAGAGGCCUCGAUGGCCCCGAUGCUAGUUCGGCGAGAUACAAACGCACAUGGGUGAUUAUGAGCCGGUUCUUUUGGGAUCAAUCAAAUUAUACCCUGGCCACCCGUCUAGCCAAGUAUAAGACAGUCUUUAAAGAGUUCAAUGACUUGGUAAGAGAGGGUCACUAUACCUCCUCGCUUCUUGUGGGCCUCGUCGGUGGCUUCAAGACUUUACUCUCUAUACAAGAUGGCCGGUUUGCUGCUCGCUUUGAAGGCAUGACGCUCCGUCCGCAUGACUCGCCUACCGGUAACCGCGCGAGUCCCCCGAGCCCAGUGAGGGAGCGCCCGCUGAGGGAGCGCCCGGUAAUAGACCGCCCAGUGAGGGACCGCCUAGUGAGAGACCGCCCGGUGAGGGACCAUCCGGUGAGGGACCAUCCGGUGAGGGACCAUCCGGUGAGGGACCAUCCGGUGAGGGACCACCCGGUGAGGGACCACCCGGUGAGGGAUCGCCCGGCGAGUGACCGGAAUGCACGACGGCAGAGGUCAUACGAGCGCACUCGACCGCCGCAUAUGUCUCCGCCGAUGUCAUCUUCCUCCACCACUUCUUCGGAUUUCCCGCCCUCUGUACCAGAUAUCCCGCUCUCGCCGCUUACUUCUGCAUCUGCAACGACGGCUACUAGCCAUUCGAGUGACCCUGAUGUUAUCAAAGAGCACUGGGCCAAGGAAACGUUCGGCUCUAGUGGCACCAGCACUCCUCUACCAUCCGUCAGAGAAAAAUCCCUGAACGACGAGUCCGAUAUGCGCGUCUCCUUCUACCUAAGAAGAACAGACCACCGCGUCCGCAUCCUUUGCAGGGAACCCCACCGGACGGGGCCGAGUGACUACUACUGCUUGCCGCUUAAUUUACUUGAGGUCUUGCGAGAUGGCUCUUGUCUCCGAAUAUGUAGGCGGCGGAAUCGCGGCACAGAGCUUGUUCUAUGGACGCAAUUGAAGUUCACCACAUUGGAAGAUCUGGUGCUAUUCCAUGGCACAUUCCUUGCCUUGCGCUCCCAGGAUGCAGGCCACCCUGUCGGAGAAAUUCUAGACUAUGAGCUGGCACACGAACAAGAAUGCUUUGGAGGCACAAUCACCGACGAUGACUACGUGCACGCGUUGCGCGUAUACAAAGAUACGGUCACUGGAGCCGUACGACUCCAGUCGUCAGUCCACCUAGGCGACUUGAACCAUACACCCGUCUGGACUGCGUUUGUCACCCACAACCUCGGGAAACGCAGUUGGCUUAAGUCGUACGAUUCGAAAACGGUGAUUUUGCGUAAUGUCAAGCCUGUGGUAUUUAUGUCUAUGGAUGAUUAUACGCCGCCGCAGACGCCACAUGGACAUCAUGUCCUCGAGUUCACAAGCUCUUCUGAUGCCAGGGAGUUCUUGGAUGUCAUGGAUGAAUUGGGUGAUUGA